AUGUUGCAACAUUACAGAGCAGAAACAGGGACACGAGGCGCUGGUACCGUCGGAGGCACUGGAGGAGUCUCAGGUCUACAAGGAGGAGGCGCCGGACAAGGCGUCAUUGACGGAAAUGGCGGCGCUGAUCUUGCAGGUCGCGUCGGCGGAAGUGCCGGAUUAGAUGUUAGUGGAGGCUCCGGUGGAGUAUUUGGUGGAAAUAGCGAAUCUGGUGAUAGAUUUGGAAUAUCUGUAGGAAGUACCGGUGGACAAGUUCAUCUAGAAUCCCAGGGCACUUUGGGACCAGGAUUAUCUGCUGGAGUGGGAAUUACAGGUGGAUCGGGAAUCUCCCCUGGAUCCGGAUUUACAACGGGAUCAGGAGUUACCCAUGGUGGAGUCGCGGCCGGAGUAAGAUUUACAGCUGGAUCCGGUGGCCUUGCACAUGGAUCUGAAUUUACUUCAGGAACAGGAACUCCUACUGGAACCGGAGUCCUAACUGGCGUAGGAAGUACCAGUGGUUUGAUCGGAGACGGAUUCUCCUCCAUUACUGACGCCAUUGCCGCUGGAUGCAAGGAGGGAGAAAUUCUGCAUGUGGAUGGAACUUGCGUAGUUCCUGAAGUGUCUAGGAAAGUUUUUGUUGUCGAUGUUCCCCAACAACAGCAGCUAUCAGGUCCUCCACCAAGUGUUCCUCCUCCUAAAGUGGAUCAUAAUAUUCUGUUUGUGCGUCUUCCUGAAGAAGGUCUUGCACCUGAACCUAUCGUUGUUCCUCCACCAAGGCAAAACAACAUUGUCUACGUCCUCAACAAGCAGAAUGAACAGGCUCAAAGGAUCAUUGAGGUCGAAGCUCCUCCACCUUCAGAGCCUGAAAUCUACUUUGUCAACUACGAUGAUGGAGAAAAUCCUACUCUUCCUGGAGGUAUCGAUCUUCUUACUGCUCUUGGAUCCGCUGCCGAGACUGGCGGGGAAGUAAUUGGUGCCGUAGGAGGCGCUGGUGCCGCUGGAGGUAUUGGUGGAGUCUCAGGUCUACAAGGAGGAGGCGUCGGACAAGGCGUCAUUGGCGGAAGCGGCGUUGGUCUUGCAAGUGGCGUCGGCGGAGGUGCCGGACACAGCGGUAUUAGUGGAGUUUUUGGGCUUGAAGGCAACCAGGGAGUUUCUGGUGGAGUAUUUGAUGGAAACAUCGUAUCAAAUGGUGGCUUUGGAAUCAGCGUAGGAAGUACCGGUGGACAAGUCCGACCGGGAUCCCAGGGUAAUUUUGGUACCCCAUCAGGCCUAUAUUCAACACCAUAG